CGAGGUGGUUUCCUUCCACUUGUAGCAGGACCAGUACGUCUGCCAGCUCCAAUCAAAGCUCCGGUGACCAGGAAGACCUCAGCAUUCGCCAAUUCCUGCUGAAUUACCGCAAACAGAAAGAACUGGCAGAGGGCAUUGGAAUAGAGGACGAUGACACUGAAGACCGAGGUGUUUCAUCACUGAGAGGGUGCGUUCUCUCAUUUCUCUCUCUCCAUGUCAAAAACGGGAUGCCUGAAACACAUGGACAGUUCAGCAGAGCUGCAUAAUGUUAAGAAGCCACAGCCUUCUGAUGUUACAGACCGACCAAUGGGAAUGAUCUGGCUGGAUGUGGCAAGUCUGAGACCAUUUGACCUGGUGAUUCCAUUCACCAUCCAGAAAGGAGAGGUCACAGGUGAGGUCCGAAUGGCAUCAGGCAAAGUUGCUAAGCUUGACAUCACAGACAACAACGAUGGCACAGUUGCUGACAAGUACGCUCCCACAGAGGCCGGUCUGCAUGAGAUGGAUAUCAAAUACGAUGGCACCCACAUCCCAGGAAGUCCCUUGCAGUUCUACAUGGAUUGCAUGAACGGUGCCUAUGGCCCUGGCCUUAUCCACGAUCCAUCUGGAGAUGUUCCAAGACUACAUGCCUGGAAACAUUCUGCCCGAAACCCACUGCUUCACCCCUCCCCUGCAGCUGAGCCACAAACCACAGCCCACCACAAUAUGAUAGAAAAGGUGCAUUGAUGCCAUUAGCAUGUGCCCUAGGAAUCACUGCUGGAUCUCUAGGUGACGAUUCCAUGAGGAUGUACCAUCUGAAUGUGGGCUCAGCUGCAGAUAUUCCACUGGACAUAGGAGAGCUUGACCUCAUAAUGACCUGUCCCCUUCCACCCCCUGCAUGAGACUGUACGAGCAUUGAGCAGCUCCUUCAGCAGUGGACUUUUACACCCACAGUGUAGGAAGGAGCGCGACCGCAGGUCAUUCUUGCCAGCAGCUGUCAGACUCUACAGUAGAUACAUCCAGUCCAAUGAAUU